AUGGAGAACACAUACAUCCCUGAGCUGCCCGAUGGCACGGAGUCGGGUUUGUUCCUGGCGUUGGACCUUGGCGGUACCAAUUUCCGUGUAAUUCUUUUGGAACUGGAGAACGGAGUCGUGGUGAAGGAAGACGUCAAGAGGUAUCACAUCGGGGCUGAUCUCCGAGUUGGGUGCGGAAUCGCGUUGUUCGAUUACCUCGCGGAGUGCGUCAGUGACUUCGUAAUCGGACAGGGUGUCCAGGACAUCGAACUUCCCCUGGGUUUCACAUUCUCCUUUCCAAUGAUCCAACACUCCCUGGAAGUCGGGAUUCUCGUUACGUGGACCAAGACUUUCAACUGCCAAAACGUGGUGAACAAAGACGCCGUAUUACUGCUUCGCGAAGCCCUCGAGAGACGGGGAGACACGAAAGUGAACGUUGUCGCUGUGCUCAACGACACGACGGGGACUCUGAUACAAGGUGCUUCGCAAGACCAAAACACGGCUAUCGGCUUGAUCCUGGGAACCGGAAGCAACGCCUGUUAUCUCGAAAAAGCCGACAAAGUGCAGCACUGGGAGACGGAGAGACACGGCGAGAAAGAGGUAAUAAUCGACAUCGAAUGGGGCGCGUUUGGAGACAACGGAGUAUUGGACUUUAUCAAAACUGAAUUUGACCGAGAAAACGACGCGAACUCGUUGCUGGUCAGUUCGUUUACGUUUGAGAAAUAUAUAUCUGGUAAAUAUUUGGGAGAAUUAACCCGCAUUACACUUGCUAAACUGACAAAAGAAGGACUUCUAUUCGAAGGACAUGCCCCCGGCGCUCUCCUCACUCCUGGGAAUCUCACGACUGACCUGGUGUCUCACAUCGAACAAGAUACUCUCGAUGGAGGCAGCAACAACACAAGAGAUGUUUUGGCCAGAUUCGGUGUGACAGCCACUGAAGAAGACAUUGCCAUCGUACAAUACGUUUGCGAAAUUAUAUCGAACCGUGCUGCUCUCCUGGUUUCCAUAUGUCUUGCAACAUUAUUGGAAAAAAUCGACCGUGAAGAAUCAACCAUCGCAGUCGACGGUUCGCUUUACAAGCAUCACCCUCGUUUCGAGGGAUGGAUGAAUCAGUACAUUCACCUUCUGGCACCUGGAUGCAAGUUCAAGCUCAUGCAUGCAGAAGAUGGAAGUGGAAAAGGUGCCGCACUGGUAGCAGCGAUCGCGCUAAGGCUUAAAAAAAGACUUGAAUGGGAGGCAAUUGGUGAUUAA